CUCGAGCUACUGCGCAGACCGCGUCGCCGGGAGCCCAGCCGGUCAGGAUGAUCACAGACGUGCAGCUCGCCAUCUUCGCCAACAUGCUGGGCGUGUCGCUCUUCCUGCUUGUCGUUCUCUAUCACUACGUGGCCGUCAACAAUCCCAAGAAGCAGGAAUGAAAGUGGCGCUCUCUCCGCCCCAGGGUUCCAGGACAUAGUCUGAGGCAAGAUGGAGGGUAUGAGGGGCCUUCCCACUUCACUUCAUCCCUCUACCCAUCACAACAUACAAAGCAACUACACCUGGAUUUUUCCAAACAACUUUUAUUUCCUCAAAGUCUUCCUUAACCCUAUGGAACAAGAAGCUGCCACUGAGUAGGGCCCAGUAUAGGGGCUUUCUUUUCUACUCCCUCCCCCCAAUAUAAAAAUAUAGAUAUAUAUUUUU